CGCGCGUGUGUGUGUGCGUGCGUGAGAUCGGACAGCAGCUGAUUUAUUAGGGACGAAACGUAUAAUAGAGCAAAAACUCAAUGGUAACGUAACGAUAAAGUAAAAACGGUUAAAAUAGAAAAGGAAAAGGGGUUAAAUGAUAAAAUAAAGAGAAAGAACAGCUAUGCGAUCACAAAUAGAAUCUGGUGCGGAAUUGCUCGCAAGGCUGAGUAGUAAACCAAGUCUGUUCGGCCUCGAAAAUACCUUAUUUCCCGAAGGUCCUCAAAACUCGGACGUCAUAGAAAUCGGCGGAGAGCAAUCAACGGGAAAGACCCUUCUUCUGUCUCAAAUGCUCGCAAAAUGCAUUCUUCCAGAUUAUUAUGGAACCAUCCAAAUUGAAGGCUGCAAUGCUUCGGCCAUUUUCAUAAAUACAGAUCAUCAUUUUCAAAUUUCAAAAUUAGUUGAAUUGAUGAGCGAUGUCAUAGAUGUUACUGGUAUCGUAUCGUUCGCAUCAAACGAUAAAGCGACUGAAAUAAAUUCUAAUAAAACGGCUAUUAUUCAAAAUUCUUUGCGUAACUUGCGCAUUCUCGAUUGUUACGACAAUGAACAAUUUUCUCUAACACUGCGCAUGCUGGACGAUAUGUUUCUUGACAAUGCUAAAAUCGCUCUUUUAGCCAUUGACAGUAUAACAGCGUAUUAUUGGCAAGAUCGUGAAGAUAAUAUCAGCACAAUUGAUAAUUACAUAAGGAAAUUAUUGAAACUUAUCAGAACGCACACAACCCGAUUCAACGUUGUAACAAUAUACACGAAACUAUACGAAAAUAUGCACGAUAAAGGGAAAAAGUCUACGAAUCAGUUUCUGAAUAACAUUGAUUAUAAAAUACAGUUGUGCAGGAUGCACGAUUCGCAACAUCUUGCGUGUAAGCUAGAAACAAUACAGACUAUUAGAAAAAUAUAUUAUUCCAUUUCAUUGAAUGGUAUAAAAUGGGAAAUUGAGGAAGGCAAGGGAUGA